UAUCUGUGACAGAUCACGGAGUAUUAAUGUUCGAAGGCGCCGUAAAUGAAUUUUGACCUUCAUUUUCGAUGCUGAGGUACGCAGUAUCAGUGUUACAGUAAUGGAAGGAGACAGAGACCUGAAGUUGAUUGAUGCUGUUUUACAUCGCUUCAGUCUAGAGCAACUGGUGGACAUCGUUUUUCCAGAGAUCAAGAUAUUAUCAUGGCCAGGUGUCCAGAAAGUAGUAGUAAAAGGACAUCUUCCUCUGAAUAAGGAUUCAGUUAUUAGAGUCAUGUUGUUUGGCAUUAAGGAACAGAAGAUAGAAGAUGAAACUUAUGCCACAAAAAUUUUACAGAUCAUCCAACUACUUGAUAUUGCUGUACAUCACUAUCGUCUAAAAUGGAUUGCAUUUAUGAUGACUGGGGAAACUGGACAGAGCAGAAAGCGUUACUUCACAGGCAGUGAUGUUCAAGAUAGCAUUGAAACCAUUUUUUCCAGAAAGAGAAGACUUGUGGAAGUUUCAGUGAUUCUACAAGAUGAGAUAUGCUGGAUAAGUUUAGUUGAGAGGAAACAUAUUAAAAAUAAAGGAUUAGUCUACAAAGCACCCAUCUUUGUGGCACACUUCCCAGGACAACCAUAUUUCUUUAUAUCUCACAGUAGACUGAAAGAAGACAUAUUACAUGUAAUUUCAAGGACAUUUGGUUAUGCUGAUGUUGAAGAGUGUGACUUAUCUGGACAGAAUGUCAGACAUCUCUAUCGGUUGUUAAAAAAUCGUGAAUCUGAUGCUUCCAGUGCACAGGAUGUUUUGCAAGAAAUCAGGAAGUACAGACCUGUGAUGUUUGAAGAAACACCAAAAGGGAUAGACUUCACACAGCACAAGAGACAAUUAGAAUAUGCUGACGUCUGUUUUGGUAGUGAGCCGACGUUACAACAACUUACUGUGAAGUGCCCAUCAUGUCAGUGGACAAUUGGAGACAUUGUACCUGAAACUGAGGGGAAGAGCUUUGGAAGUAUGGAAGUCUCAUUCCAAUCUCCAGACAUCAUGAAGAUGUUCAGAGAAAUGACUGUGAAGGAUAUUUUUACCAAGAAUCCACCAACAUAUAUGUGCAAUUUACAGAAGAUGGGAAAGAAUAAAAUUACAAUUGGAAAUGGCGGGAAUACAACUGAAGACUAAGUUUUUGUGGUAAUUUAAUUUUUUCUUUUGUUUUAUUAGAAUUACAUAUUGUAUUAUUUAUCAUCUGACAGGAAUGGUGUGUCUUUAUAUACAGUAUACAUUUUCACUGAACACUCACUACCUGUUGUAAAAUGAAAAGUUAUACUUGACAACCUUUCAGUUCUGGGAUGAAUGUAUGAGUCUGUAACUUAAAUAUCAAGAGUAAUAGAUAGAGAUGUAUGAUGCUCAAAAGUGUCAGAUAAACAUAAAACUUUGUGUGGCUUGAAUCUUUAUUGGAAUAUUAGAUUUUUAACAUAAGUCCUAAUAAUAUUUUGUGAUAACUGUGUCGUAUUCAUGUUGUUUGAUACCUUUACUGUACACUACAGUGCAGUCAACUUGGCCUUUGUUUUGUUUGCUGAUAAGUUUCCUGAGAUGGAAAUAGAUGGGUUGAGAAAGUCUAAAGAACAGGUGCUAAUAAAUAAUCAUACAGGAAUGUUGUGUUGAUUCAUUUGAAUCUGAGACCGAGCACAUCAGUUUUACUCAUUUACUGAUUUCCCAAGUCUUGCAGUAAUUUUACAAAUAAUCUCGGGAGCAAGUAUGAGUUUGGGUAUUUACUUCAGAAUAAGAACAUUAUCUACACAGCAUAAUAUAAUACAAACUUGUAUGAAGUAUUUUUGUGUUACACUCAAUUUUAUAAGGCAAUGCUGUA